AUGGAUCCUCGAAACGAAAUUACUGUCCAGAAAGACCAUUUUAUCGGCGUUGAUGUGGGCACUGGAAGUGCGAGGGCCUGUAUUAUUGAUGAUAAGGGCGAUAUCGUUGGCUUAGCCUCGGAGAACAUUGGCUUGUGGCAGCCACAACAGGGAUACUAUGAGCAAUCUACAACCGAUAUAUGGCGGUGUAUUUGCCUUUCUGUACAACGUGCAAUCAGUCAACAUAAUGUAAAUCCGUCAUCUAUCAAGGGAAUUGGUUUUGAUGCUACAUGCUCCCUAGCUGUAUUUGCUGAAGACAGUGACGAACCUGUAUCUGUCACUGGACCAAGUUUUGACACUGAUCGGAAUAUAAUUCUCUGGCUCGAUCACCGACCUGUGGAAGAAACGGAAAAGAUCAAUGCUACGGGUCAUAAUUUACUUCGUUAUGUUGGGGGGAAAAUGUCCAUUGAAAUGGAGAUUCCAAAAGUUCUUUGGCUGAAGAAUAAUAUGCCGAAGGAGCUCUUUGACAGGUGCAAGUUUUAUGACUUAGCAGAUGCCUUGACGCAUUUAGCUACUGGAAAUGAAAAAAGGAGUUUUUGCAGCGUCGUUUGCAAACAGGGAUAUGUCCCAGUGGGCGUUGAUGGUAGCGUUAAAGGUUGGCAGCCAGACUUUUUGCGUAAUAUUGGAUUAGAAGAACUUGCAGAUGAGAAUUUUAAAAGGAUGGGCGGUGUCAAUGGUCAAAAUGGGGAAUAUUUAAGUGCUGGUGAACUUGUUGGUACUCUUUGUGAAAAAGCCGCUGGAGAACUUGGCCUUCCUGUUGGAAUUGCGGUUGGAAGCGGUGUGAUCGACGCAUAUGCAGGGUGGAUUGGCACCGUUGGUGCUAAAGUGCAAUUGAGUGACGAAUUACUCAGCUCCGAUACGGCGAAGAAUGAUAAAUCGCAAGCGUUUACUAGACUGGCGGCUGUAGCGGGCACUUCUACCUGCCAUCUUGCCAUGUCGCCUGAUCCUGUCUUCGUACCGGGAGUUUGGGGUCCAUAUCGCGAUACAAUUAUUCCGGGCUACUGGAUGGCUGAGGGCGGACAGUCAGCAACCGGCGAACUGCUUAAACACGUCAUCGAAACGCACCCUGCCUUUAACCAGGCGCACUCAAUCGCCGAGUCUUACAAUACAAACAUCUACGAGUACCUAAAUGAGCACCUUAAAGAACUGGUUUCUGAGUUCAAUGCACCCGCCAUUUCUUACCUGGGCAAACAUUUCUUUUUCUAUGGUGACUUGUUCGGAAACCGUUCACCCAUCGCAGAUCCAAAUAUGUCUGGGUCUGUCAUUGGGCUUUCGAGUGACAAAUCUGUGAGCGGGCUCGCUCUCUACUAUUACGCCACUCUCGAGUUCAUCGCCUUGCAAACACGUCAGAUUGUAGAGGCCAUGAACAAAGCGGGCCACCACCUCACGUCCAUAUUCAUGUCAGGCUCCCAGUGCCAGAAUGAUAUCCUUAUGUCUCUUAUCGCGUCAGCAUGUGACAUGCCGGUUUUGAUCCCUCGAUACGUGCACGCCGCCGUAUGCCAUGGUGCAGCAAUGCUAGGCGCCAAAGCUGCUAGUGCAGACCCGGAGGGAAAGACUGAAGACCUAUGGGAUAUUAUGGAUCGGAUGAGCAAACCAGGUAAAGCAGUUCAUCCGACCAAGGAUAAGUUUGAGAAGGCGCUUCUGGAUAUGAAGUACAACGUAUUUCUUGAGCAGUGUCAUCAGCAGCAGGAAUAUAGAAAGAAUGUGGAUGAGGUAAUUCGAGGCUGGGGCUCGUAA